AUGCAACUCUCGUUACUCAGUCUGAGUGUGUUGGUCGCCUCAGUCCUUGCCUCACCAACUGGAAACUAUGUCAUCCAUGAGAAGCGUGAUACUGCUCCCAUGGGCUGGAACAAAGGCGAGCGUCUCGAUCGUCGUGCUUUGCUCCCUAUGAAGAUUGCAUUGACGCAACGCAACCUCGAUCAGGCCGCAGAAUACCUGCACGAAGUCAGCCAUCCUGAGUCUCCCAAGUAUGGCCAACACUGGACUGCACAAGAAGUGGCAGACCACUUCGCACCGAGCGACGAGACUAUCUCUUCCGUCAUGGAUUGGCUCAUCGCUUCUGGCAUCUCCUCCGACAGUAUCAAGUUGAGCAAGGGCAAGAACUGGAUUAAUCUUGAAGCCUCAGCUGACCAAGCUGAAUCGCUGCUCAACACCAAGUACCACGUUUACGAGCACGGUGUUACUGGUCAGCCCCAUAUUGGCUGUGAUGAAUACAGUCUUCCCAAGCAUCUGAAGGACCACAUCGACUUCGUCACUCCUUCUCUGCACUUCGAUACCAGAGUCACAGAGCGUAAAAAGAUCGAAAAGCGUGAUGUAACCCCCAACACUGGCAAGCAAAUCGGUCAACCUAGCAGCGGUAGUACGCCUGUUUUGGGCCAGUGGAUCAACAAGUCGCAGUUCAUCACUCAGCUCGAACAGUGUGACGAGCAGAUCACUCCUAACUGUCUGAAGGCUCUCUAUCAGAUUCCCAAGAGCACUGGCAAAAGUGUCAAGAACAGCUAUGGCAUUGUCGAGUACACUCCUCAGGCCUAUGUUCCGUCUGAUCUCGAUCUCUUCUUUGCCAACUUCUCAACGAAGCAAGUCGGAGAUCGUCCCAUCACUGACUUUAUCGACGGUGGCGUUAUCCAAGCAACCAACAGGAGCUUUAGCUUCAACGGCGAGAGCGACCUCGAUCUUGAAUACGCUAUGACUCUGAUUUACCCCGAGAAAGUGACUUUGUACCAAGUUGGUGAUCUUGUUGAAGGUGCAUCGUUCAACAACUUCCUUGACGCUAUUGAUGCUUCUUACUGCACAUAUGAAGGUGGCGAUGACCCUUCUCAAGAUGCUGUUUUCCCUGAUCCGGCCGCAGGGGGCUACAAGGGCAAUGAAAACUGCGGAACGUUUGCGCCUACCAAGGUCAUCAGCACAUCCUACGGCUACAACGAGGCUGAUCUUACUCCUUUCUAUGAGAAGCGCCAGUGCGAUGAGUACAUGAAGCUCGGUCUCAUGGGUACCUCGGUCCUCUACAGCUCGGGUGAUUAUGGUGUCGCUGGCAACGGCGGCCAGUGUAUCGCAGCUAACGGCACCUACAACUCCGGCAAGGAUGGUCGUUUCAACCCCUCCUUCCCUGGUACCUGCCCUUACGUGACAUCCGUUGGAGCCACGCAAGUAAUUCCCGGUACAAACAUCAUUGAAGCUCUUGCUACUGGCACCCAGCCUGAGGAAGCCUGCGAGACCGUCAUCUAUUCUGGUGGUGGUUUCAGCAACGUUUUCGACAUGCCCAGCUACCAGGCUUCGGCCGUCAAAUCGUGGUUCAAGAACUACCCUCCACCAUAUGGCGCUGACCGCUUCAACAACACCCAAAAGACUCGUGGUUACCCCGAUGUCAGCGCAAACGGUGCUAACUACAUAAUUGCAAUUGAUGGAGCGUUUGGUCUGGUUUAUGGCACAUCAGCAUCUUCUCCUACCUUUGGUUCUAUCCUCACCAUCAUCAACGAGAGACGUCUUCAGCUUGGCAAGAGCAGUAUCGGUUUUAUCAACCCCACACUGUAUGCUCACCCCGAAGUGCUCAACGACAUCACCCAGGGUGGUAACCAAGGAUGUGGUACUCCUGGUUUCUCUGCCAGCAAGGGAUGGGAUCCAGUUACUGGAUUGGGCACACCAAACUCGAUCAAGAUGAUGGCUCUGUUCUUGAGCUUGCCUUGA